GCGGCUCCCAAUUUUGUCGCAGAUGGGAUAGGACGAAGAGACAGAGUGGAGUUUGCUUCCAUUUCCAAGCAAUUACCUAAAUCUUUACAAGCUUUCUCAUGUCGCCCUUUCAUAGACCCAGACCAGAUUCUCCACCUUCUCUCACGUCGCGUGUUCGAUUCUCCACUCUGGCUUCUGUAUCUCUCUUUGUACUCAUUUUUUGUCUAUAACUAACCAUUUCAAUAACAGACUCGUCCAACUUCUUCUUCACUCUUCUUUCUCUGUUCUCUCUCUCUCAAACCUAAAUGGAUUCCCUCCACCACUCAUCUGCUGUCAAGGGCGCCAAAGUCCUUAUGGUUGGAGCAGGUGGUAUUGGCUGCGAGUUACUCAAGACACUGGCUCUCUCUGGCUUUCAAGAUAUUCAUAUCAUUGACAUGGAUACAAUAGAAGUCAGUAACCUUAACAGACAAUUUUUGUUCCGGCAAUCACAUGUUGGACAGUCAAAGGCCAAGGUUGCUCGGGAUGCUGUGUUGCGAUUUAGGCCUUACAUAAGCAUAACACCACAUCAUGCAAAUGUGAAGGACUCUGACUUCAAUGUGGACUUUUUCAAGCAGUUUAGUGUUGUUCUGAAUGGUCUUGAUAAUUUGGACGCAAGGAGACAUGUGAACCGUCUUUGCUUGGCAGCUGAAGUUCCUUUGGUUGAAAGUGGGACUACUGGGUUCUUGGGGCAGGUCACAGUGCAUGUCAAGGGAAAAACAGAGUGCUAUGAGUGUCAGCCUAAACCUGCCCCAAAGACAUAUCCCGUGUGUACAAUUACUAGUACUCCAUCCAAGUUUGUUCACUGUAUAGUUUGGGCAAAGGACCUUCUUUUUGCGAAGUUGUUUGGAGACAAGAAUCAGGAAAAUGAUUUAAAUGUACGCUCUAGUGAUGCUUCCAAAUCAUCGGAACAUGGAGAAGAUGUAUUUGAGCGGAGAAACAAUGAAGAUAUUGAGCAAUAUGGAAGGAGAAUAUAUGAUCAUGUGUUUGGUUAUAACAUUGAGAUAGCCUUGUCUAAUAAGGAGACUUGGAAAAACCGGAAUAGGCCAAAACCCUUAUUUAGUCGGGAUGUCCUUCCUGAACAACUGAAUUAUCAAAAUGGCAAUGUUGAUAAAAAGUGCGCAACUGAUGAUCUUUCAUCAGUGUCUGCCAUGGCAUCUUUGGGCUUGAAGAACCCACAGGACAUAUGGAGCCUUACAGAAAAUUCAAGAGUGUUUCUUGAAUCUUUGAAAGUAUUUUUUGCGUGCAGAGAAAAGGAGAUUGGAAACCUGAGUUUUGACAAGGAUGAUCAGUUAGCAGUGGAAUUUGUUACUGCUGCUGCAAAUAUUCGAGCUGCAUCAUUUGGGAUUCCUUUGCAUAGCCUUUUUGAAGCUAAAGGUAUUGCAGGUAAUAUUGUGCAUGCUGUGGCAACAACUAACGCUGUUGUAGCUGGUUUGAUUGUCAUUGAAGCUAUCAAGGUGUUGAAAAAGGAUAUUGAUAAUUACAGGAUGACAUAUUGUUUGGAACAUCCAUCCAAAAAGAUGCUUCUUAUGCCAGUGGAACCCUUCGAGCCUAACAAGUCAUGCUGUGUUUGUUCUGAGUCACCGCUAGCACUGGAGAUUAAUACUCAUCGUUCUAAGCUGAGGGAUUUUGUUGAGAAGAUAGUUAAAGCCAAGCUUGGCAUGAACUCCCCAUUAAUUAUGCAUGGAUCAAACCUGCUUUAUGAAGUUGGUGAUGAUCUUGAAGAUGAUAUGAUAGCAAAUUAUACUGCUAACCUUGAAAAGGUGCUGUCUGAGCUCCCUAGUUCAGUUAUUGGUGGGACAAUGCUCACAGUAGAAGAUCUUCAACAGGAGUUCACUUGCAAUAUCUAUAUCAAGCACAGGGAAGAAUUUGACGAAGAGAAGGAACCUGAUGGAAUGGUUCUCUCUGGAUGGACACAAUCUCCUCUUGAGAAGAAGGAUGAUAACAAGUCGGUUGGAAAUGGUGGGAGCACAUCGACUUCAAUGCCAUCAGAGGGUCAAAGUGUUGAGCUCGAUGAAAUUUCAGAGGGGACUGAGAUUUGUAGUAAGAAGAGAAAACAGCCAGAGGUAUCAGCAGGUGAAACAAAUAAUAAAAAUGAAGUCGAAAGGCUUGAUGUUGUUGACGAUGGUGAAGAGGAGAUUGUGAUACUCGAUGGUUGGGAUACAAGCAACAAGAAGAAAAAACUGCAGUAAGUUUUUAAAGCUUCAAAGUUGUUGAACCUUCUAACAUCCUAAUUUUGUAAAAUUAGGGAGAAAUGGUGAUUCUUUGGCGGUCAUAAUCACUAUAAGGUUGCAGUUUACUAGUGUUUUUGGAUGAGUGGAUGCCAUUAAUUGUAUCCCCAUUUCCUUUUUGUGGCUUACUGGUGUUGUAGAGAUUAACAGAACUGAAAGCAAAUCAGUGUUCAAAUUUGUUCAUAAGAUUUCAUUGUCUUAAUAUACCGAAUUACUUGCAA